AUGUUAUUUGGUCAGAAUCAACCUUUGCAAUCUAGUGGAAAUGCCCCCUCUUCAGGUUUGAAUUUAUUUGGCUCCAAUGUUAACUCUACAAAUAGUAACCUAACAAACCAGAAUAAUUCACUAUUUUCUACAACUGGACAAGUACAACCAUCAUCCUCCAAUAAUAAUACGAUGUGGGGUUCGGGGUCAAGUUCAUAUGGAACUACUACAAAUCAACCUAAUUUAUUUGGGAAUACAGGAACUAAUUCUAAUACAAGUGGAUUAGGUAAUAUGGGAAUUCUAGGGAAUUCAGGGGUAUCUACAACUAAUUUUGGAGGCCUUGGAUUAACUGGAUCUUUAACUGGGAACUUAGGGGGAAUUGGAAGUUCUGGUACUUUAUCAAACACAAAUAUAAUGGGGGGAAUGGGUGGAAUAGGUGGAAUAGGUGGAAUAGGUGGAAUAGGUGGAAUAGGUGGAAUAGGUGGAAUAGGAACUGUAGGUCUAAGAACUAAUAAUGGGAAUUCCGGAAUAUUGGGUAAUUUAAAUAAUGCUACUAGAACUGAUGGUUUGGUAGGACUGACAGGCAAUAGUACAAAUAAUACAAAUAGUAAUUUGUUUGGUACCUCAUUGACAUCUCAGACAAAUUGUCCACCUGGUGGAGCCCAUUACUUACCCCUUAAUCCAACUGUUGGACAAUUAACAAACUAUAUACAAAGUUGGAAAGUUGAUUUUGAAAAUAUUGAGAAGCAAUUACGUGAAAAUGACAAACACAUAGAAUAUUUAACAAAUGGUAAACUGAUAGAGAUAACGAGACUUUGUACAACAUACAAACAAGGAGUUGAACGUAGAAGUGAUGAAAUUGAAAAUAUUAAAGCUAGACAAGACCGUAUUGUAGAUUCUAUAGAAGAUAUUAUACCAAAUAUAUCUACUUUACAACAAUUAAGCUAUGAUCUAAUUCAAAUUUAUGAUCGUAUAAAAGAUAUUGAUUCUCAACAAGCAUCGCAACAAAUCCAACCCUUGCGUUUACCAUUACCAAUAUUUGAAUUCUUUUGCCAAAAUAUGUCAAAAAAGUGCCAAUAUAUUGAGGAGACUAUCAGAAGACUUGAAAAUACAGUUUCCUCUCUAAGGAACGAAAUAAAUAAUAUGAAUGGUAGUGAAACUAAAAGAAAUAUUAUUCAAAUUAUUAACAAUCAUUUCGAAAUAUUUACAAAUUUAUUAACUCAAUGCUCUGCCCUUCAUGACAAAUCAGAAUCAUUUGUAAGUAUUUCUAAACUUCACGAGACUUCUAGGUCGUGA